AUGGCGCCCGUCGAUAGAAUAGACCACGAUGGCAUUGAGCAACAGCUCAAGGACGUCAUACAAGACUUCUAUCGUGUCAUGGUCCAAGUCUCAACAUACGACUCAAUGGGCGUCUCAAGCAAAGAAGUCUUAUCCAAAGAAAUCAAAUCUCUCUCCACCUCCCUCCAAAACGUCCACGUCGCCGCCUCCCCUCCGCACCUCCUCCCCUCCGUGCCUCCCGAACUUCUCGAGUACGUCGAAAACGGCCGCAACCCGGACAUUUACACGCGCGAGUUCGUCGAGCUCGUCCGCCGCGGGAACCAGCUCAUGCGCGGCAAGCAGAGCGCCUUUGCUUCUUUCCGCGACAUCCUCGCCGAGCAAAUGUCUUCCGCCAUGCCGGAGCUGCGAGAGGACGUGGCAAAGGUGCUGGAGGCUACGGGGGGCAAUCCGGCGAUUGCGACUGGGGGUGCGGCGGCGGCUGGGCAGAGUGGCAGUGGUACCAGUAAUCUUCCCGCGAGGCCUGCGUCAACCGUUCAGGGUGGGCAAACUGGCGGCCAGUGA